AACCCUAGCCUAGCAUAUAAUAUUUUGCUCACACCAUUUGGCUGUUCGUGUUCUUUCUAGCCGGCAAUGGCGUUGGCACUGGCCAAGGCCUCGCACCACCGAUUCCUCCUAGCAGCGGGCUUGCGAUUCUCCUCUAGCGCGCCAGCUCCAUCCUCUCCUGUGCCUCCGCCUCCAUCGCCCGCGCAAUCCAGCGCCGAGCAGCUCAGAUCGGGGCCUGUGGCCGCGUCCCUGGCCGCGGAGAGAGCGAUCCGGGAGGGCUCGCGGACGGAUUGGAGGCGGCAGGAGAUCCAGGAGAUUUACGACUCGCCGCUGCUCGAUCUUCUCUUCCAUGGGGCUCAAGUCCAUCGCCAUGCUCACAAUUUUCGCGAAGUCCAGCAGUGUACGCUGCUAUCGAUCAAGACUGGUGGAUGCUCUGAGGAUUGCGCCUAUUGUCCACAGUCUUCCAGGUAUAGCACUGGUGUGAAGGGACAAAAGCUCCUCAGUGAAGACGUUGUUCUUGACGCUGCUAGAAAGGCUAAAGAUGCUGGUAGUACCAGAUUUUGCAUGGGCGCGGCUUGGAGAGACACAGUGGGAAGAAACACGAACUUCAAUCAAAUACUCGACUACGUGAAACAGAUCAGAGGUAUGGGAAUGGAAGUUUGCUGCACGCUUGGAAUGCUCGAAGAAAAGCACGCCCAAGCUCUCAAGGAGGCCGGCUUAACAGCCUAUAAUCACAACUUGGAUACGUCGAGGGAGUAUUAUCCAAACGUUAUAACCACGAGGAGCUACGACGAGCGCCUGAAAACUUUGGAAAUUGUCCGAGACGCGGGCAUAAGCGUGUGCUCAGGUGGGAUCAUUGGUUUAGGAGAGCAAGUAGAGGAUAGAAUAGGCUUGCUACACACUCUUUCGACGCUCCCUCAGCAUCCAGAGAGUGUCCCAAUCAACGCUCUAGUUGCUGUCAAAGGCACUCCUUUGGAAAAUCAAAAGCCGGUUGAGAUAUGGGAGAUGGUCAGAAUGAUCGCCACAGCUCGGAUUUGCAUGCCCAAGGCGAUGGUGAGGCUCUCGGCGGGGCGAGUAAAGUUCUCUCAGCCGGAGCAGGCACUGUGCUUCAUGGCUGGCGCAAACUCCAUCUUCACAGGCGAGAAACUUCUGACCACUCCAAACAACAGCUUUAGCGAAGACCAGCAGAUGUUCCAGCUCCUGGGACUCAUUCCAAAGCCGCCAAGCUUUGGAAUUGAGAUCCAGCGAGAUCAAAAGUGUGGAUGUGCUCAACAAAACUCUGGAGACCUUCUCCAGCAGGCGGUAUAACAUUGUGAUGAGGAAGAAGAUAUAGUUCCACGAUAAGCAAUUGAAACAAAAGAGCUUUGUCUCGAUCGAGGAAGAACUAUCCAUUAUUUUCUUUGCUCUUUAUGUACACUGCUAAUCACUGGCAAAAAAACUAUAGCUACGUAUAUACUUUCUUA